AUGUUCUUCCUCGCAGUGGCCGCUUUCAGCUUGCUUCCCUGGUCGGUAGCAGGGAAGAUGGCCGUCGUGCGAACCUUCGCGACCAGUCAGGAGGUCGCGGAUCUGAUGCAGUCCUACACGGAGUGGGAGUCGACCAUGCCGUGCGCAAGUCCUGGCCAGAGCAGCACGGUAGACCUGAUCUUGGUUUACAGCAAGGAUCUCGCCACGGACUCCACGGCCACGGCCGCAGUCCAAUCCUAUGAGUCAGGCUUCGCGCAGAAUGAGCACUGGACCGGCUGCUUCGGAGGCAUCAAAAACUUUUCCGCCAAGCUUGCCCCAGAGGAAGACCACUACGACGACCAGGGCUAUGCAAUGAACAGGCACUGGGUCUCAGGUCCCAACAUGGUGUUUCAGCACGUUGUGGAGGCCAUGUUCACCGGAGCCUUUGCCGGUGAGUACGACAGCUUCUUCUGGAUGGAGAUGGAUGCCGUUCCUGUGAAGGCAAACUGGCUAGACAAGUUUGUGGAAGAGGCCGCAGAGAUGCCUGCCAUGAACAUGGCCAUCCGUGGCAGCCUCUACGAGGGAGCCAACUGGCAAAUGUUCUCACAUAUGAUGCCAUCCUACUUGCUGAACCACAUCAACGGCAAUGCCAUCUACAACCUGCAGCACCCGUGGACGAAGUUCCUGUUCGACACUUUCACUGCAGAGGGCAAUUCCGACUUGAUUGAGGAGAUGGCCUUCGACACCGUGUACUCAGCCAUCACGGCAGCUGCCAUGGAGGGCUCCAACGUAAUGCUUGCAGCAGCAUGGGCAGCUAGCAACGGCUCGACCAUGACCUACAGCUCUGACACUGAGCUGAUCCGAAACUAUGCCAACACCUUGCUGAACAGCAGCUACGACAUCGGGGCGUACAUUCGCCACGGAUCGAGGCAUAACAUCUUGGAGAGUUUGGCGGGUGACAUGGUCACGCUUGGUGUUCUUUCCAUUGAUGGUCAGAACGACCGCAUGCUGAGCAGCCUGUCAACCAAUCACCCCUUCAAGAAGGUCCUCAUGCUGACGCACUACCCAGUGACGACGUCCACCCAGACCAUCGAGGCGCCAGGCGGCGCUGUGACGCUGACCAUCGAGGAGGCUGAAAGCAGCCCACUCAUGCACAUGUGCGAGGUGGCGGACAAGGUGACGACACCAUGGUUUGCCUUGGCAACCAACCUGCACCACAUCAAUGCGGAUGAGCUUUUUGGCAUCUCGCUGAACUACCACCAUGACUCGAACGAGGUGCUCUUUAGAACUUCCGAUGCCACGAGCUUUUGUGCUGCCUGGAUGACUGCCGCUGGCAACAAGACUGUCGAGACUUGCGAAAUGGUCUUCGGGCCCACCGCAGACGACUUCGUGGCUUGGCAGAUUGCCGUGGGCAUGAACGUCACGGGUUUGCCGAAAGACAAGACACGCUAUGGCUGGAGGCCUUGGACGACCCUGUGGGCUCCAAUGCCUGUGGAUGAAAGAAAUUGCUCGACCACCGUCUAUGGUGAAAAGGAGUACCUGGAGUCGCUCGCCUUCAUCCCGAAUUGCAGCGUCUAUGUGGAGAAUGCUUCCGCCUGCGAUGCUGACACCAUGUGUUAUUGGAGGCCCAUGUUCGAGACGGGCAUUUGUGCCACGCAGUCGACGGGCACGAACAUGAUCGUGAACAUCACUGCUGAAUUCAUCCUCGACUCGACCUGGGCUAAUCUACCGGAAGCUUCCGCAGGGGGUGCAGACUUCGCCGGCCUGAAGACGAACAACCUCGAGCUUCGACCGCUGCAAGCACACCAUGGUGAACGCACAGCGGAAACAGCGCGGCUCGGAUCUUCGACCAUGGGGAUGUUCUUCCUCGCAGUGGCCGCUUUCAGCUUGCUUCCCUGGUCGGUAGCAGGGAAGAUGGCCGUCGUGCGAACCUUCGCGACCAGUCAGGAGGUCGCGGAUCUGAUGCAGUCCUACACGGAGUGGGAGUCGACCAUGCCGUGCGCAAGUCCUGGCCAGAGCAGCACGGUAGACCUGAUCUUGGUUUACAGCAAGGAUCUCGCCACGGACUCCACGGCCACGGCCGCAGUCCAAUCCUAUGAGUCAGGCUUCGCGCAGAAUGAGCACUGGACCGGCUGCUUCGGAGGCAUCAAAAACUUUUCCGCCAAGCUUGCCCCAGAGGAAGACCACUACGACGACCAGGGCUAUGCAAUGAACAGGCACUGGGUCUCAGGUCCCAACAUGGUGUUUCAGCACGUUGUGGAGGCCAUGUUCACCGGAGCCUUUGCCGGUGAGUACGACAGCUUCUUCUGGAUGGAGAUGGAUGCCGUUCCUGUGAAGGCAAACUGGCUAGACAAGUUUGUGGAAGAGGCCGCAGAGAUGCCUGCCAUGAACAUGGCCAUCCGUGGCAGCCUCUACGAGGGAGCCAACUGGCAAAUGUUCUCACAUAUGAUGCCAUCCUACUUGCUGAACCACAUCAACGGCAAUGCCAUCUACAACCUGCAGCACCCGUGGACGAAGUUCCUGUUCGACACUUUCACUGCAGAGGGCAAUGCCGACUUGAUUGAGGAGAUGGCCUUCGACACCGUGUACUCAGCCAUCACGGCAGCUGCCAUGGAGGGCUCCAACGUAAUGCUUGCAGCAGCAUGGGCAGCUAGCAACGGCUCGACCAUGACCUACAGCUCUGACACUGAGCUGAUCCGAAACUAUGCCAACACCUUGCUGAACAGCAGCUACGACAUCGGGGCGUACAUUCGCCACGGAUCGAGGCAUAACAUCUUGGAGAGUUUGGCGGGUGACAUGGUCACGCUUGGUGUUCUUUCCAUUGAUGGUCAGAACGACCGCAUGCUGAGCAGCCUGUCAACCAAUCACCCCUUCAAGAAGGUCCUCAUGCUGACGCACUACCCAGUGACGACGUCCACCCAGACCAUCGAGGCGCCAGGCGGCGCUGUGACGCUGACCAUCGAGGAGGCUGAAAGCAGCCCACUCAUGCACAUGUGCGAGGUGGCGGACAAGGUGACGACACCAUGGUUUGCCUUGGCAACCAACCUGCACCACAUCAAUGCGCCGGUGAGUGUGCUCACGAGCAUGGGGGAGCCAGUGAUGCCGUAUCUCCUGGCCACUUCCCCCUACUGCGCCAGUCGUCCUGACUGCAAAGCGGCCUUGGAUCAGGCGGAUGAGCUUUUUGGCAUCUCGCUGAACUACCACCAUGACUCGAACGAGGUGCUCUUUAGAACUUCCGAUGCCACGAGCUUUUGUGCUGCCUGGAUGACUGCCGCUGGCAACAAGACUGUCGAGACUUGCGAAAUGGUCUUCGGGCCCACCGCAGACGACUUCGUGGCUUGGCAGAUUGCCGUGGGCAUGAACGUCACGGGUUUGCCGAAAGACAAGACACGCUAUGGCUGGAGGCCUUGGACGACCCUGUGGGCUCCAAUGCCUGUGGAUGAAAGAAAUUGCUCGACCACCGUCUAUGGUGAAAAGGAGUACCUGGAGUCGCUCGCCUUCAUCCCGAAUUGCAGCGUCUAUGUGGAGAAUGCUUCCGCCUGCGAUGCUGACACCAUGUGUUAUUGGAGGCCCAUGUUCGAGACGGGCAUUUGUGCCACGCAGUCGACGGGCACGAACAUGAUCGUGAACAUCACUGUGCCUCCAACCACAACGACUGAAGAAUAUCUCCCAGAGAUAUCUAAGGCUUGUGGUACUAUGGCCGUUAUCGGUGCAGUUUUGGCUCUGUGCAGGGCUACUAUUGCUUGA